GCAGAAGUUUGACAGCUCAUCCCACAUAGUCCUUUAGGAACGGACCGUUGUACUUCCCUGCAAUUGGCUUUAUUUUUUCAUGAACAACUUGUUUACCGGGUAGUCUAAAAGGGACGUCUUACGGAGAUAAAGCUUGCCAUGUCGAGUGACCCUGAAGAGGUGAACAAGCUCACUGAAAACACAUACAAGAAUGUAAUGGAACAGUUCAACCCUGGGUUGAGGAACCUUGUCAACUUGGGAAAGAGCUACGAGAAAUCAGUUGCAUCGAUGAGUCUGGCUGGAAAAUUGUACUUCGAUGCGAUCUCAAAGAUUGGGGAGAAUGCUGCGGUCUCACCUGUCUCCAAGGAGUUGGGCGUGGUACUGAUGGAGAUAUCCGAGGUCCACAGGAAGGUUCACCUUGAGCUAGAGGAUAACUUUAAGAGGUUUCACAGGGAGAUCAUUGCUGAGUUGGAGAGGAAGACAGACAUGGAUGUAAAAUACAUGACAGCUACAUUUAAGAGGUACCAGACAGAGCACAAGAUGAAGCAGGACUCUCUAGAAAGGUCUCAGUCUGACCUGAAAAAACUAAGGAGGAAGAGCCAGGGUAAGAACGGCAUCAAGUACGAGAACAAGGAGAGUGAGUGCCUGGAGACUCUGAGGGCAGGGCAGAUGGACAUGCAGAAGUUCAUUGCUGAUGGCUGCAAAGAGGCUCUGCUAGAGGAGAAGAGGCGGUUCUGCUUCCUGGUGGACAAACACUGCACCUUCUCUUAUCAGAUUGCUGCCUUUCAUGACAAGGCCAGGGACAUGUUGUCGGAGAAGUUGCCAACCUGGCAGGAAAAGUGUGCUGACGCCACCAACGUGCCCGAGAGUGUGAUGUCCAUGAUUGAGGGCAUCCGCACCCCUGUCCCCAUCACCCCCCAGGCCUCCCCCUCAUCACAGAGACGCGGCAGUGUCCCACCCCCUGCCCCAGCUCUGAAGGCUCAAACCAGCCCACUGGCCAACAUGUUCUCCCAUGACACGUCCACAAAAAACAAACACACCAGUGAGGCAGAUAGAGUCACAGAGUACAAGGACAAUGGAGUUGAGGAGACUGGCGGUCUAGGUCCCAGAUCAGUUUCUAUGUCAACAGGACUCAACCACAUGAUGAAGAGACCUAGGGUCCGCACCAUUUUCCCUCACACCUCUGAGAACAAUGCUACCCUGCUAAGCUUUGACGAAGGAGACAUAAUCACCCUGCUCAUACCAGAUGAGAGGGAUGGUUGGCUCUAUGGAGAACUGGAAAAGACCAGGCAGAGGGGAUGGUUUCCAUCGUCCUAUUGCCGGGCAUUAUCAGAUUCAGUAGGGAAUAGUAACAGUGUGGAGGCCCCACCUACUCGCAGUAAGAGUGUGGUGAACCUGCUCCACCAGGACACAGAAACAGAUGAGUCAUCUAUGGUCCUCCCCCCACCUGACUACAGCGACUCCCCCAAAAGGAAUUUCCUCCCAGGCAGCAAGCAGAACUCCCACUCCCCCACUACCUACUCCAGCUCAUCAGAACACACGGGAACCCAACCGAAUGGGGUUCCAAAGCCACCACCUUUCCUUGGGGGAGGGAACCCAUUCGCCACAGUCAAGCUUCGUCCCACUGUCACCAACGACCGCUCAGGCCCAGUCAUCUAAACCUCCAGUGGAUUACCAGCUUCCUGUCACCUGUAGCCUGAACCCAGGGCCAGACAUUACUAAUGGACUAGAUGACAGGACAUUGUGGGCUGCUGUGCUGAGCUGCAGAUCUUUCAAGUAGCUCCCCUACUACUGAUGCCAUCUCAAAUGACAUUGUCUCCUCCGGUUGCCCAACUGCUGCAAACACUUAGCCUGAGACGCUGGUUGAAUGUAUUUAAUCAGAACAGAUGCAGAUAUGUUUUCUAGACUUCUUUUUUUCAGCAGUGAUGAAUGCUGACACUACAUGCGUUCUAAAAGUAAUGUACUAUGGUUAUUUAGAUUUCUUUCGCUUGCACAGUCACUCAUAGAUUUUGGUUGCCAUAGAACACGAGAUGUGUUAUUCGUAUGGGACAUACAUCACAAUUCACAUGGGACCUUUGGAUAGGGGCUGGGACUGUCAGAUGUUAUUAUUCAAGGGGAGCACACACAUUGGUUUCCACUGAAAACUCUUUCCAAGAUGUGUACAACAAAUGUGAUUGUGUCAUUUGUUAUCUUGCUAUCCAGUUGUUCACCAAAAUGUUUGAAGAGUGCAAUUUUUACUAGUGCAGCACGUGAGACCAGUCAUCUGUUAUUCAGGUAAAUUGGGUCGUGUUCAUUAGGCAUCAUACAGCAGACGAACUGUUGAGGGAAGUUUCUCAUAUUGUCCAAAAAGAAACUUGUUUUUAUUCCAUUACGUGCCUUAAUGAGCAGGACCCAUUAGUGCUGUGGACAUUUGUUUUAAAAUGACUUAAAUGGAGCUCAUAGACUCCCAUAGGACAUUCAGCCAUUUUGCUUUCCUCUUCAUGCUUUAUGGAUUAUGUUUCCAUGUCUUUAAUGUGUACAGUCAUUCAUUUUAUUAUCUUACCUGGCCCCCUCUCCCUGAGCUUGGAACAUUGCUGUAUAAAAAUCAAAUAAAAUGUUUUAUUUAUUCA